GCAGACCAAACCGGAAGAAAGUGCGCAUUCAGCGUCUGCUCUGCCGAUAAUGCAAGCGUAGAAGAAGAAGUUCCGCUUUUCACCUGUUUAUUUUCUGCCCUGAGCCAGGUGAGCACGAGGUCAGUCUCUCUCAGAGUUUGAAAAAGUUGUUGAUUAGUGAUUUUAGUCGUGAAAUUAAGAAGAUGGUUCGAGUGUGUUCCUAUCCUGGAUGCUUCAAUCAGAUGAAGCGGCAGUGUGGAAUAACCCAUUCCGUAACUUUCCACAAAUUACCUCUUCGGGACCCUGAAAGGCUAAACCUGUGGCUAAUAGCUCUACGAAAAGAUCUAAGGACAGCUAACGUGGAUUCUCUCCGUGUCUGUAGUGAACACUUUUCAGCGGAUGAUUUCCGAACCUGUAAAGGAAGAGCUUUAUUAAAGAGUACAGCUGUGCCGAUGGUGUCACAACUAAGGACAGAGGGCAUUUCACAACAUCCUGCUGCUGCAGUGACUGAGACAGCCAACAUUGAGACUUCUUUUGAUGAUGUGCCACACUCCACUCCAGUUAAACCAAAACAACCUGGUGAUCGACCUGAGCACUCUCAUGCAAGACUGCAGCUGGUCCUAACAAGCCCUGAAACAACCAAAGAACGCACAUGUCCAUCCACAUCUGGCAGUUAUCAUGCCUUCCCCCCCACAAGGUUAUCUCAAACUGAUAUGCAAGCUCAGAUGGCAGAGGAACGUUUGGAGGAAGGUUUGGAUGUCAGCAUGACCUCAAUUGGUGUUCCUCUAGACCCAAAAGACACCAGUUUUGCUCUUCCAAGCUCAACUUCAACUCCAACCUCAGAAGAAACUGAAGACUUGAGAACCUGGGAUGAGAGGAAAUGGCUGGUUGACGAAUGUUAG